UCAAACAGUUCCUAACCUCAAAAUUUUUUAUAUCAACUUCAGAACCAAAUCUCCCCGUUAGAAAUUUAACAAUAAUUAAAUUAAUUUCGCAAAGAUGUUUAAAACAUCUGUACACGAAGCAACGAAACCGUUGUCCUGGCUUCUGGGCAAAUGGAAAUCGGUGAGUGCCAACGGAUCCUACCCAACUAUAAACCCAUUUUCAUACUGUGAAGAACUCACCUUCACCACCAUUGGUCAACCAAUGCUCAAUUACAACUCAGUUACGUGGCAUCCCACCGAAAAGCGGCCGAUGCAUCUAGAAUCUGGAUACUUGAGAAUCAAACCGGGCACAAAUGAGGUGGCUUUCAUGGUUGCACAUAACUUUGGUCUUACUUCAUUGGAAGAAGGAACUGUGGACAACAAGAAAUUGAACACCAGCAGCACACAAAUUGGUAGAAUGAGCUUUGCAAAAGAUCCUGCAGUGAUUGGCAUUCAAAGAACUUAUACGUUAAAUGAUGAGGGGAAACUUGAACUAGUUUUGGCAAUGGAGACUGAGAACAUUGGGUUAAAAGAACACCUGAGAGUUUUGUAUGAAAAAAUUGAAUAAUUAGUGGUUUAUGAGAAAUUUGUUGUUGUCUUAAUUUUUUUGUUAUAAAUAUAGAAUGUAAUAUUAAAUAAAAUUGUCUAAAAUAU